GUAUACCGAAGUGGUGAUCGUCCCAUCGCGAUAUGAGAGUGAAGGAAUAGUGAGUGCACCUGUGUCCAAGCAAAUGUGCGUGCACUAUAAUAUGUCCUGCGCAGCUGGCUGAUCUCCUUAAAGAAUUAUGUAGCUGAUAUAUUCAUAAGUACUAAGUAUUCAAGACACGUGAAGAGUGAAUCAAGAUGGUACCCCGUCCCGCGCCGCAGUCAUCUACCCCUCCUCUGAUACCCGAGUUCUUCGCCGGGAGGGAAGUAUUCAUUACCGGAGCUACUGGCUUUAUGGGAAAGGUCCUGGUGGAGCGACUGCUGUGGACAUGUCGCGACAUCUCCCGGCUGCACCUACUUCUGCGAGAGAAGAAGGACGUGGCCCCAGAGAAAAGACUCUCCCAGUUGAAGCAGUCACAGGUAUUCGACGUGAUCCGGCAACACUGCCCGAAGCAACUGGACAAGCUGAGCAUGCUCGCCGGUGACGUCACUAAGCGCAGGUUCGGGCUUGACAAUCACGCCAUCAGCCAACUGAAUCAGGUGUCAGUGGUGUUCCACUCGGCAGCCACGCUGAAGUUCGACGAGCCGCUGCCGGUGGCCUUGCAGCAGAACGUCCACUCUGUCGUCACACUCAUGGAUAUAUGUGAUCAGCUGCCUAAUAUGCAGGUGCUAGUCCACGUCUCAACCGCCUACAGUAACGCAGAACUCACCAGCGUGGAGGAGCGCGUGUACCCAGCGCCCGCGCAGCUGCAGCAGCUCAGUGCGCUGGUAGAAGCCUUACCUGCUAAUCUACUGGCAGAGAUCACGCCGCAGUUGAUAUCCCCGAAGCCGAACACAUACACAUUCACAAAAGCGAUGGCGGAGAGCGUGGUUGCCGAGCGAGCUAACUCUACCAACUAUGCUGUAGCUAUCUUCAGACCUACCAUAGUGAUAUCCUCCCUCCGCCAUCCAUUCCCUGGCUGGAUAGAAAACCUGAACGGUCCUUCAGGCGUAAUGGUGGGCGCCGGCAAGGGCUUGCUGCACGUGCUCAGCUGCGGCGCCGUGCGUCGUGCUGACAUGAUGCCGGUGGAUAUUGCUAUAGAUACUCUCAUAGCUGUGGCUUGGGAGGCCGCUAACGAUCAGCCAGGCUUCGCUCGCGUGUACAACUGCAGCUCGUGCAUGGACGGCACAUCGUGGGGCCAGUUCCGCGAGCGCAUGAUGCGCUGUGUGCGCGAGUACCCCUUCGAUAGCGUGCUCUGGUACCCCUUCGGCGUGCUGAGUGAGAACACGCUGAUGCAGCGGUUCUUGGAGACAACGCUGCAAACUGUGCCGCUAUACAUCGUCCACUAUAUCUCCAAGUUAUGCGGGAUCAAGUCCAGACCAAGCAUGACAACAGUAAGCAAACGCUUACACGCGAUGAACGAGGCGUUAAAGUUCUUCGCGUUACGAGAGUGGCACUUUAACACCGACAACGUGCAACAACUGAUGCACAGGCUGGCACCUGCUGAUGCCGCUGUGUACAACCUCGACCCAGGGACUAUUGACUGGGAGUCUCACUGCGAGGACUUCGUGAAAGGCACGCGCAAGUACCUGCUGCGCGAGAAGGACCAGGACAUCGAGGCUGCCAGGAGACGCAUGCAUGUCCUACACAUGAUCCACAGUUUAACAAAAAUACUCCUAACUGUACUGAUGGUUCGACUCGCGUACCGCUCCACUCCCGCCAUCUUGCGGGCAGUAGCGGUACUAACGAGAUUGAGACGACGCGGCGCCACUGUCGCUCUUAGCGGGUGAAACUAUUUUAUGGUGAAAAGUGUAUUUUAAGAAGUUGAGAGGUUUUAAUUUAUAAAGUAGAAUAAAGGAUAUUAUGUAAGUUUGAUAAUUUUGUAAACAUGACAAGAAUGUAGUUCAGGUAUAAAUAAAAUUGUCAAGGUUUAGGUAAGUUUUUUUGUGAUGAAUGAUAUUAAAAUGUUUUGAUCACAAUUCCAUAUUGCUCCGUGCUAAAACAAUAUAAACGUACUUUAUGUACUUAUACAUUGCUAACUGGAAGCAUUAUAUUUUGUCAUAAAAAAAAUAAUCUUACGGCUUUAAUUUAAUAUGGGUUUAAGAUAUAAUUAUAAUAUUUAUAAAUUAAAUGUAUGAAAUAAUACAUAAAUGGUGCUUCAUUAAAGUAAUCUUAAUAACGGAAGACAGAACAUGGUUAAUUUAGUAGGCAAGUUUAACUUAAGUAUAAGUUUGUGAAAAUGUUAAAAAGAUACAUUUUUCCCUCGGUAUAUUUUAAGGAAAAUUGAACCUUGUAUUUGUUGUAUUAAUAGCAAUAAGUUAUGAGAAUAAGUUAACAAAUAAUAAUGGUAACUGAGUGCAAUAAUUCAUAAUAAUUAAUUUAAGUUCGUAGUAAAAGGUACGCUGUAUUAAAAUCUUAUUAUUUUGUAAAGAUUUUUGAUAAUAAACAUCUGUGAUUGGAAAAA